UGGAAGCUGGAAGGGGAAGCCCCUGUGGGUAACAUGUCUGAGGGGAAAAUUCAGCCUUGCAGACCCCAAUCACAGCGAGGCCUUCCCAUUACUAUAUGAAGGGGACAUCGAGACACUGCCCUGCCCCGGGGUGGAGAACAUCCAUCCGCAGCACCUAGCACCGGCCCCAGUGCCCAAGUCCAGCUCUGCCCACGAUGCUGCCUCGGCCGUGCCCUGCCCCGGGUCCGUCCUGGUUCCUGUGCCCUUCCCCGGCACAGACUCCCUGCCCUGCGGGGCUCCAGCCGUGCGGGGCUGCAGCAAGGGGGGAGCCUGGGCAUCGGGGCUGUCUGCCCCAUGGCCUGGGCUGCUCUCUCUCCCUUUUGCACGGCCUCUCCCCUCCAGGCUCAGCCUGCCCUUCCUGUCCUGGGACUGGGCACAGAAACCCCUGAUCUCCAUCCAGCCUGGGUCACUUGCAACCAGACCCCACAUCCCUUCCCCUGGCGACACAGGCUGAGCUGAGCAUUGCCUGCAGCUGCCCCAGCCCCCUGAAGGGAACCGGCACCCUGUGAGGCUAUAACACCUCCACCCGACUCGUGUCACAGGCAGUGAGUGUGGUUAACACGUAAUGUUGGUGCUGUCGGGGAGUGCAGCUGGAUGUGGUGUGUGACUUGCUCAGAUCUCACUUGACGGAUGUAGCACUUUUUUCUUGGUGGUCAGAAGCCUUUGGUUUCACUUGGUCAGAGGAUUUGCAGUGCUCAGUCCCUACAUUUUUGUGCACGAAGGAUACUCUCACCGAGCAGUUGGGAGGAGACGGCGGCUGGGUUCUCCGUGCACGAUGAAAGCAGCAGCAGAAGAGCCUGUGUAUGAGACCAUGAUCAUGUCAGAUGCUCCUCGCCAGUCUGGCGAGAUGGUGCUCAGUUCCUACAUUUUUGUGCACAACGGAUACUCUCACCGAGCAGUUGGGAGGAGAUGGCGGCUGGGUUCUUCGUCCACGAUGAAAGCAGCAGCAGAAGAGCCUGUGUAUGAGAACAUGAUCAUGUCAGACGCUCCUCGCCAGUCUGGCGACAAGGGAAACCUUCCUGAGUCCUCUCCAAAGAGAUCCCGUGUCCUCUACGCUCUGCUCCUGCUGCUGAGCCUCCUCCUCGUGGCUUCUCUUGGUGGAGUCACGGCCAUGUAUUUCCAGGAGCGGCAGGAGAAGCGCCGAGUGGCCAAAGCAGUUCAGGAACUCCGAGACUUCUGGAAGGAAAACAGCACUGUGAACAUGUCUGUCCCGGAGCAGACGGAUUUCCAGGAGCGGCAGGAGAAGCGCCGAGUGGCCGAAGCGAUUCAGAGAAUCCGAGACUUCUGGAAGGAAAACAGCACUGUGAAUGUUUCUGUCCUUGAGCAGACGGGCCAGCAGCUGGUGGGUGAAAUUCAGCCAUUACUGGGCCUGUGGGAGGAGAUCGUCUCGCCCUGCGCUGUGCUCCAGGAGCAAUACCAUUUCCAGGAGCGGCGGGAGAAGCGCCGAGUGGCCGAAGCGGUUCAGGGAAUCCGGGACUUCUGGAAGCAAAACAGGACUGUGAACGUGUCUGUCCUGGAGCAGAUGGGCCAGCAGCUGGUGGGUGAAAUUCAGCCAUUACUGGGCCUGUGGGAGGAGAUCGUCUCGCCCUGCGCUGUGCUCCAGGAGCAAUACCAUUUCCAGGAGCGGCGGGAGAAGCGCCGAGUGGCCGAAGCGGUUCAGGGAAUCCGGGACUUCUGGAAGCAAAAUAGCACUGUGAAGGUUUCUGUCCUGGAGCAGACGGGCCAGCAGCUGGUGGGUGAAAUUCAGCCAUUACUGGGCCUGUGGGAGGAGAUCAUCUCGCCCUGCGCUGUGCUCCAGGAGCAAUACCGCACUCUCCUGACCAGGGUUUCCGAAGGCUGGAGACAUCACGGAGGGAACCUCUACUACUUCUCAAAGGAGAAAAGGUCCUGGGAGGAGGCCGAGCAGUUUUGCGUGUCCCAGAACUCGCACCUGAGCUCCGUCCUCUCCCGGGAAGAGCAGGAGUAUCUUGCCACGCAAGUCAAAGGCGCAGAUCAAAGGUGGAUCGGGCUGAGCGACCGUGAGGCAGAAGGCUCCUGGCGCUGGGUGGACGGCUCCAAGUACACGGCGGGGUUUUGGACAGAAAGCCAGCCAGACAACUGGGAUCAGGGAGUUGGAGGGACAGAAGACUGCGUUCACCUGUGCGAACCACGUUAUGAAACAUGGAACGAUGCCAACUGCACCCUGCAGCACCACUGGAUCUGUAAGGCGGCCCUGGGGUAG